AUGGGCACGGUGCUGUCUCUUUCCCCCGCCUCUUCGGCCAAGGGCCGGAGGCCCGGCGGGCUGCCAGAAGAGAAGAAGAAAGCGCCGCCCGCGGGGGACGAGGCGCUGGGGGGCUACGGGGCGCCGCCAGCAGGCAAGGGCGGCAAAGGCGAGAGCCGACUCAAGCGGCCGUCCGUGCUCAUCUCGGCGCUCACCUGGAAGCGCUUGGUGGCCGCGUCUGCCAAGAAGAAGAAAGGCAGCAAGAAGGUGACGCCCAAGCCGGCGUCCACUGGCCCCGACCCCCUGGUCCAGCAACGCAACCGCGAGAACCUUCUCCGCAAGGGCCGGGACCCCCCAGACGGCGGCGGCGCCACCAAGCCCCUGGCGGUGCCGGUGCCCACCGUGCCCGCGGCCGCCGCCACCUGCGAGCCGCCGUCGGGGGGCAGCGCGGCCGCCCCGCCGCCGGGUUCGGGCGGGGGAAAGCCGCCGCCGCCGCCACCCCCAGCCCCGCAGGCGGCGCCGCCGGUGCCUGGCGGCUCGCCGCGGCGGGUCAUCGUGCAGGCGUCCACCGGCGAGCUGCUGCGCUGUCUGGGCGAUUUCGUGUGCCGACGCUGCUACCGCCUCAAGGAGCUGAGCCCGGGCGAGCUGGUGGGCUGGUUCCGCGGAGUGGACCGCUCGCUGCUGCUGCAGGGCUGGCAAGACCAGGCCUUCAUUACGCCCGCCAACCUGGUGUUCGUGUACCUGCUGUGCCGCGAGUCGCUGCGCGGGGAUGAGCUGGCGUCGGCCGCCGAGCUGCAGGCCGCUUUCCUCACCUGCCUCUACCUCGCCUACUCCUACAUGGGCAACGAGAUCUCAUACCCGCUCAAGCCCUUCCUCGUGGAGCCCGACAAGGAGCGCUUCUGGCAACGCUGCCUGCGCCUCAUCCAGCGGCUCAGCCCCCAGAUGCUGCGGCUCAACGCCGACCCCCACUUCUUCACGCAGGUCUUUCAAGACCUCAAGAACGAGGGCGAGGCUGCCGCGGGCGCCGGGGGUCCACCCAACGGGGGCGCGCCCGCGGCCCCCGCCUCCUCCUCGGCCGCCAGGGACAGCUGCGCGACCGGAGCCAAGCACUGGACUAUGAACCUGGACCGCUAG